ACAAAGAGUUUCUCACGAAAAUGAGAAUAUGCAAUAAAAAAAACGAUUUCACCAGUACUGCUUACAAUGGGGUAAUAAAGACCGCUAAAAUUCCAGCGCCAACUAAUGGACAACUUUUUUUAAUCGGAAGUUUUAUACAGUAUAUUCCCUCUUUCCGAAUUGUUUGUUGGGUUAGUUGAAAUUCAAUUUUCUAUUCAAAUUGUUGGCAACACUGAUAAACAAUCUCCCCUCCAUAGAUCUAACCUUCAACUUCUAUCUCAUAAUCAAACAAAAUACAAAUCGUGUUUUGUGUGUGUGUGAUAUUCACUCAUUUUCUUGUAAUAUUUUCAUCGCACGUUUCCACAUCAGAGUUCAUACUGAAGUAUUGUUAGUAUUAAUUAUUGCAAUAUGUCGACGACAACAGAUAUAGAAAACGAAAUAAAAUCCUGGCUUGAAAUAAUUUUAAAAAACGAAAACCUUGUAGAGUUCUCCGUAAAACUUGAAGGCAAUACGGAACUGGGUACUGGAUACAGUGGAGAUAUAUUUUUUGUAGAAGUUGAAGGUUUGACCAACGACAGAGUGAGCAAAAAAUAUAAUCUAGUUGUUAAAUGUGCCAAACAAAGCAUAGUUCUCCGAAGUAAAUUUCCCGUGAAUUGCGCUUUUUUAAAUGAAAUGUAUUUCUACGAAACAAUCUUCCCGUAUUUCUUGAAGUUUCAACAGGAGAAAGGUGUAGAAAAUCCAUUCGAUAAGUUAGCAAAAUGCUAUGGAGCGGUCAUCUCGGAUAAUUUAGAAGUUAUUGCUUUUGACAAUUUGAACGUCAAGGGUUACACAAUGUGGAAUAAAACAAAGCCUUUGACGAGACCACUUACAGAAAUGAUUAUUAAAGAAUUCGGAAAAUUUCAUGCAAUAUCUAUCGCCAUUAAAGAUCAACAACCGGAGAAAUUUCAACAACUAACAGAAAAAUGCGAUGACUUUUUGGGAAAAAUUCAUGAAUACACAGACAUGUUAACUACACACGAAGAAUUAGUAGACGAAGUGUAUGAACUUUUACAAGGCCAGGUUGACGGCACCUUGCUGUCCAAAUGGAAAAGUUUAAGACCAAAGGUUCGACCGUUUAUGAAAAAAUUCAGGGAAGGUUUAGAAGGACUCAAUGUUGUGGUCCACGGCGAUUGUUGGAAUAAUAAUUUUAUGCAUUAUCAUGUGGACGAUCAACAACCAACAUUUGCUAUAGUGGAUUGGCAAAUGGCCAAACUAUGCUCACCUGUAAUAGACGUAUCAUUUUUUCUCUUUGCAUGCUUGUCAGAAGAAGAUAUUGAUGAUGUAGAUGUUUUCUUAAAAUUGUACCACACAGCACUAGGUGAUCAUUUAAGAAAAUUAGGAAGUAAUGUUGAUCAACUCUAUCCAUUUAGUCAGUUUUUGGAUGACUGGAAAAAAUAUAGCAAAUUUGGUGUUAUUAUGAUCACCUUAAUCCACAAAUUUUCAUUAGCCGAGCGCGAAGAAGUCCCUGAUUAUGUCCAAACAGCUGAACAGGGCUUCGAUGUUGCUAAAUCGUUGGAUGUUAAAAUAAAAGAUACACAGGGAUUUAAGAAACGGAUGGGAUAUCUUGUAAAGUUUUGUGUAGAGCAUGACAUCGUUUAGAAAUUUAACACAUCUACAUCAGUAAUUAAAAUAAAUCUUACUUUUAAUGCAUUUAUUAUGCACUAAUAUCUACGCACAAUGUAUUAUUCUUCAAGGCCGAGGAAAAUUCUGUUUAAAUUACUAUAGGUUAUUCUAUUUUGCUUACUUAGCGAAAAAAUCAUAUCUGCUUUCUUUUGUACGUAUUAUUGCUUUUAAUACGAGGGUCAGUCAAAUAUAAACCGGAAUUAUUUUUUAUUAAUUUAAUAAUGCAAAACAAAUGUAUAAACGAACUCUAGAAUUUUUCUAAGUAGUCUCCCUGAAGGGAUACACAUUUUUGCCAACGUCUAGGAAGCUUUUUAAUUCCUUUAUCAUAAAAUGUUUGAGGCUGUGUCACAACCCAGUUGCGCACGAACCGCUCCACAUCGUUGUCGCUUACGAAACGCUGCCCUCCCAUUCCCUCUUUCAGUGGACCAAACAAAUGAUAGUCGCAGGACGACAAAUCUGGGCUACAGACGGGAUGUUUGGAGACUUCCCAGUGGAAGUCAACCAAUUUUUAUGACAUUAAAAGGGCUAUGUGCGGUCGAGCGUUAUCGUGAAGCAAAAUUACGUCUCUGGAGUUUGGCGUCUUUUGGAUCUGUACGCGGCUUUUGCAUCGUCCAAAAGCUGGCAGUAGUAUGGAGCAUUUACAGUACGACGGUCAUGAAGAACUCGACAAGCAAUAUAAAAAAAAAUGGUUGCGAGGACUAUGGUGACUCUCAUUUUCAAAUUUUCACGCCUCUCCUUAAAUUUUCUGGACCAUUCGUACACUUGAGUUUUUGACAACGUUUCUUCCCCGAAAUGUGCAAGCAAUUUGGUUAAAAUUUAGGAGGAUUUGACGCCCUCUUUUGCGAGAAAUUUAAUGAUAACGCGCUGUGCAACCGACGCUGGCACUGCUUGCUUCGACAUGAUGCUACUGCUCAUUGCAAGAAGCUAUCGGCUGCCGCUAUGCCCACAUCCCUUCUCUACGUCCCUACCUUCAUAUUCUAUUUAUGGCAGCUUAUUAGAAUUAGUACAGUUUUCGAAAAAACAGAAUUCCGGUUCAUAAUUGACUGACCCUCGUACUCGAUUUAUUAACAAAGAAAAAAUAAAUAAAUAAAAAUUGUGCAACAAAAA